CUUCACUUUGUCGUCAUCUGUUUUCCCUAAUCCGUGUUGAUACAUUUUCUUCCUAGCUCAGGUUAGCUCAGAGCCCGAUCAAUCAACCGUCAAAUCUUCCCUUAGGAAUACCUCCUGCUUCGCCCGCCACAAUUCAUUCUCCGCAGAUAACAAUUGCCCACUCUAUGUCCCAAUAAAAACACGCGACAAUGGCCCAUUCCAAACGCAAUACCUCCCUUCCACAUUUCACUUCCUACGAACGCGGCCUCCUCCGCUCACAAUGGGGCACCCAACGCGGCGUCAUCGGCCGCGAUUCUUUUCUCCCGUUCGCUUCCUGUCGCCUCUGUCUACACCCCGCCCGAGCACCCGUAGUCGCCUGCGCAACAAACGGUGAUAUAUUUUGUCGCGAAUGCGCCAUUAACGACCUCCUUGCUCAGCGACAGGAGAUUAAGCGACUCGACCGAGAACGAGAGGAGGCCAAAAAGCGGCUUGCAGAGGAUGAUGAGCGGACGUUGGAAGAAGCGCGCGAGCGGGAACUGCGAGAGUUUGAGCUGGUCAGUAUGGGGCUGGAGGUAGCAAAGCACAAAUCGUCUGGUCAAGCGCAAAACGAUAAUCACAAAAAGCGGAAGGCAGAGGAGGCUACGGAGGCAUUGGCUGCUUUUAAGGCGAGAGAAAUUGAAGUAGAUGGCAAGCGGAAGAAGGUGUUUGAGCUGGAUGAGAAGGAGAUGGCACGAGUGGCUCGGGAGGAGCAGGAGCGGCUCAAACAGGAACUGAAGAAAGAAAAGUCGGAAUCCAGCAAAUCUGCUUUACCCUCGUUCUGGGUCCCUUCGCUCACUCCCAAUACGGAUCCGAAUGAGAUCGCGGCCAAUAAGGCCGUCAAAUCGGCUCCUGUUUGCCCCGGCUCGACAGAUGAACAUCGCCAUAGCUAUUCACUGAAGUCGCUGGUCGACGUGCAUUUCACCGAGGAUAAAACAUCUGAUGGCUCAAUGGCGCGGAUCUGUCCGAGUUGUAAGAAGACAUUGACGAAUGGUCUUAAGGCGAUGUUGACCAAACCCUGUGGUCAUGUAAUCUGUCUCCCUUGCGUAACCAAAUUCAUGACACCGCACGAUGCGCCAGACCCGCACGCUACCAAAGAAGAACAGGAAAAGACAGCCGCACUUCAUGGAUUGGUUCUAUGCUAUGUCUGCGAGACUGAUAUCACACCACGCAGUUCAGCAGAUAAUGGCAAAGAAUCAGGGAAGAAAAAGAAAAAGGAUAAGGAAACCAUUAAGCCCGGACUGGUGGAAAUUAGUUCGGAAGGAACUGGGUUUGCAGGGCGUGGAGGAAAUGUAGCCACUAAAACUGGUGUUGCUUUUCAAUGUUGAACUGGCUAAAGCUACAUAGGGUAUGGAGUAAUAGUUACGAGGGUAUACUAUAUAUAAUAUAUUUGGCAUGGAUAGACCAUGCGAAAUAAUGUUAUAAAGAAAAGACAUAAAUACAAGGUUCGAC